UAUCCGAAUGCGUGGCCUUGACUUUAUAUCGAGCAAGACUGAUGCAACGAAAAUCAGCUGUUUACACUACGAAAUAGUCAUUACAGGUCAAAUUUAAAGGAAUCGAACUAUUUGAAAUCCAACUGGCAUUGUUUUGGAGUUAAAAAGAGCAAAUAAACAUGGCUGAGGAAGAAAUGAUGCCAUUUGACCUGUCUCUGAAGAAAAAGAAGAAGAAAAAGAAGACCGGAUUUGAUCCUGAUGCAGCAGAUCCAGUGGAAGUCCCUGUGGAGGCCCCGACUGAGGAGCCAGCUAACGAGGAAAACACAGAAUCAGAACAGACCCAGGAUAAAGCAAUGGAUGAUGAUCUGUCAUUAGAGUUUGGUGGUUUAAAGAAAAAGAAAAAGAAAAAAGUGAAAGAAUUUGACAUGGCUGAAGUUAAAGAAUCUUUACCACAGACAGAAGAAAUUGACGAAUCCGCCCAGGAUGGGGGCGCUGUUCUUGAUUUCUCGGCAGACGCGGACAUGUCAUCAUUCGGGAAGAAAAAGAAAAAGAAGAAGGUCGUCGAUUUGGACCAGAUACAGGACACAGUCGACGACAGUUUCAUUGCUGUAGACAGUACCAAGAAAGGAAGUGCUUGGGUCGGCUCUGACAGAGAUUAUUCAUAUGAUGAGCUUUUGUUGCGAGUAUUUGACAUCAUCCGGGAAAAGAACCCUGAAAUGGCGACGGGCGAGAAGAAGAAGAUUGUGAUGCGGCCCCCACAGGUUCUUAGAGCCGGAGCUAAAAGGACGUCUUUUGCAAACUUUGCGGAAAUUAGCAGAAUGUUACACAGACAGUCAAAACACGUUUUAGCAUUUUUGUUAGCUGAAUUGGGUACCAGUGGCUCAGUGGAUGGCAAUAACCAGUUGAUCAUCAGGGGAAGAUUUAACCAGAAACAAAUAGAAAAUGUUUUAAGAAGAUAUAUUAAGGAAUAUGUGACAUGUCACACUUGUAAGUCACCUGAUACACUGCUACAGAAAGAGGAGCGAUUAUUUUUCCUUCAGUGCGAGACUUGUGGAUCACGAUGUUCUGUUGCAAGUAUCAAGUCCGGUUUCCAGGCUGUUACUGGUCGCCGUGCUGCGAUGCGAGCUAACGCACCUCAGAAGUGAUGAAAGGGCGGGAAAUUUAGGGGCAGAAUUGGUGGUGAUUGAUGUAUUUAAAUAUACCGUACAUGUACUAGAAGUUGUGUGAUGAAAGUGUCCGAGAAUUCUCAUAAACAAACAUUUUAAGACUGAGAUACUGAAAAGUUAAAAUCUUUAAAUCUGUGAUUGGUGAAUAGUGCUUGAAUUAUGUUGUAAAAUUAAGUUUCUGAGUGUUGGAAGUUCUGGUGGAAAGAUCUAUUAAUCAUCAUGAGGGUCAUUUUGUAUGCACAUUUAUCUGUAAACAGUUUGUCAUUUUCUUCAAUGUCUGAAACUUUUGGCAAGAUAUUUUGAUUUUAAAGGGACUAACUCACAGAUUAAAAUCGAGGUAUUUCACUUACUUUCAUAAACAGAAAAUACAAAUGGCAAUUAGCAGAUAAACAUUUGAACAUAUGUUUGUCAAUCCAAUCCUAUCAUAGCAUUACUAAUGCUUUGUGGCAAAAUAGAAAAAAAUCUUGUCUAUUUUUUUCAAUAAUUAUAUGAACAAUGGAACUAUAAUUUGGACUUCUGAUGUUGUUUGACGUGAACCAAGGAACGAUCCCUUGUUAAAAUUUCAAUAGGAUCAUUUUGUAUGUAGUAACCUAUAAACAGAUGUUUUUGUCAUUUCAUUGUUAUAUACCGGUUCCUGCAUUUGAAAUCAUGCACUUACUGUUAAGAUUCAUUUAAUGUCAAUAUAGUGCCUUUUUAGUUAAAAUAAGACAAUUUUAAAUAAAGGACAUGUCAAUGAAGUUUAUGAAAAGCAUUCAUCAUUUAAAUGAUACAUGAUUUGUCAUCUGACCAUAAUAAAGCUUGGAUGAAUGAAUUGUACUUUGACCUAAGAUCAUAAGACAGCUAUAUAUUUUACAAACUUUAAAGAGUCUUUAAGAUGCUAUUCCUGGAUAUGAUACUAUUUAUAACGAUGUACUUUAAUCUGUUUCAAAUGUUAAGUGGAAUCAAUGAUCAAAGUGUAAAAAUUGGAGAGUAAAUCUUUUAGUACUCGUUUUUUAUCAAUGAUAUUAGUUACUAUCUUCAUGUAUUUAACAAGGGGGGUACCUAUUAAUUGGGUGUGUGUAGGCUUAGUUUGACACCUUUAUAAUAGACCACCCCCACCCCCACCACCCCCAAUUAACCUUUUAAAUGAUAUGGGAGUAUUAUAAACCAUGAGUCGAUGAAAUACGUCUUUUGGAUGAACGAGCCAGAAUUUAUAUACUACUGCUGGGCAUUACAUUUUUGAACAAGUUGUUGCCCUUGGUCGAUGGUUUUGCCCUUUCAUUUCUAUAGUGCUUAGGCUUUUUUUUUUUGUAUUUUUUUGUCCUCCGCCUCAAAACAAAGCCUAAACCUAUGCAGACUCACUUAAUGUGUACCCCCCCUAUAUGAAGUAUAUGUGUAUAUUAUAUUUUCUCUAAUCUUCUCAUUUCUUGAUCUACAAUAGUCCAUUUUCUGUCAAAACAAAACUUUUAUAUCCGAAAGUUCUGAUAAUCUUUUUUGCUCAAAGUAUUGAUUAUUAUUUCCAGCAUUAUAAAAACAACAUAUAAAUUUUAUGUCAUGACAGGUGUUGGUAUAUGUUUUUUUUCUACAAAAAUAUAUCAGUUAAGUAAAAGUUACACUACCAACAACCUGUAAUUGAAAUUAUAAUCGGGCACUGUAGCACGAGUUAUAAUAACAAUCGCGAGGGUAUUGGCUGAUGUAACUGUUUUGUACCAUGUUGUCAGGGACAACGUUCAAUAACUGACAUGCUGUUUAAGUGAAUAAAGUUAUUUCUUCCCAUGCCAGUUAUUGAACGGUUUGGCUCCGCCUACUAGUUACCUAACCAAAAUGGGAGUUAAUGUAUAGAAAAAACACGUAUAAAUAUAAUGAAUUUGUUCCAUUUCUGAUUUCAACAUAAGUGUAUUGUUUUGUACAUGUAAAUGCUUGUAAAAUAGUGUUUAUGUAAUCAAAUACAUUAUUUUGUAUUUCAAUGGCAGGAUACAAGCAUUUCCAAUCUAUGGAUAAAAAUCACAAUAAUGUGAAUAAAGAUGUUAAAAAUUA